CAAAGCACAGGACUUUGCUUGUUAGCUACAAAUUCCAUCAUAAUCAUAUUCAUUCUCACUCACCAAUCCAAUAACAAACAUGUCCCCAUCUCAUUCUUUCUUCCUUCUCUCCUCCCUCUUGCUUCUUUUCUCAAUCCUCCAUACUCCCCCUGAUGCUGCUUCCUCUCCCACUAAACUAGUGGACAAGAUCUGCAAGCGAACUUCAAAUUACACCUUCUGCGUCGAAUCUCUUUACUCAGACUCACGCACCUCAGAAGCUGAUCAAUACACACUGGCCUUUAUUGCAGUCAGAUUAGCAUACGUGAAUGCCAACACCACCCGAGAUCACAUAUCUCAACUGCUCCAAUACCGGAAACCUCUCGAAAUAUGCAUCCGCGGCUACAAAUUGGCUGUUUCCGCUCUUGAAAAGGCUUAUAACGACUUGAACUCGGAGACCUUCUUCGAGUUGGCUGAUUUGGCGAGCCAAGCUGCUGCCGGUGCAGAUGAUUGCGAGGCUGUUUUCCAAGGAAACCGGUCCCGACCAUUGGGAAACAGGAAUAAGGAUUUAAAGGGCCUGUGCGAAAUCUGUGGAAUCAUUGGUAAAUUAUUUACUGGACUUUAAUCUGCGAUUGUUCCACAUAUUCUUGUUAAUGGAUUCUACAUAUUCUUGUUAAUGGAUUCUUGUAAUAUUGUUGAA